AUGCAAUCCCUGCACAUCUGGCUCUCCAUUCCCUUCAGCUCUAUGUACCUGGUGGCUGUAGUGGGAAUUGUGGCCAUCCUGGCAGUGAUAAAGGUGGAAUGCAGUCUGCACCAACCCAUGUACUUCUUCCUGUGUAUGUUGGCUGUCAUUGACUUGAUCCUGUCAACAUCUACCAUGCCCAAACUGCUAGCCUUCUUCUGGUUUGGUGCCCACAACAUUGACCUGGAUGCCUGCUUGACCCAGAUGUUCUUCAUUCACUGCUUUGCCACUGUUGAGUCAGGAAUCUUCCUUGCCAUGACUUUUGACCGCUAUGUGGCCAUCUCUGACCCAUUACGCCACACCUUGGUGCUCACUCAUGCAGCAGUGGGUCUUUUGGGCCUGGCUGCCCUCCUCCGUGGAGUACUCUACAUUGGACCCCUGCCCCUGAUGAUUCGCCUGAGACUGCCUCUUUACCGGACCCAAAUCAUUGCCCAUUCCUAUUGUGAACACAUGGCCAUAGUUACCUUGGCAUGUGGUGACACAACAGUCAACAACUUAUAUGGAAUGGGAAUUGGCUUCCUGGUAUUGAUCCUGGAUUCAUUCGCCAUCACCGCCUCCUGUGUGAUGACUUUCAGGGUUGUAACGGGGUUGGCCACCCCUGAAGCUAGGCUUAAAACCCUAGGGACAUGUAGUUCCCACAUCUGUGCCAUUCUUGUCUUCUCUAUCCCCAUGGCUGUUUCUUCUCUCACUCACCGCUUUGGCCAUCAUGUGCCUCCCCAUAUCCAUAUUCUUUUGGCCAACCUUUACCUCCUCAUCCCCCCCAUCCUCAACCCCGUUGUCUAUGCAGUCCACACCACACAGAUUUGA